AUGCCUAUUCCUGCAAAGAAGAAGACUAGCCAGCUACCUCCCUUCACAUUCGUCAGAAAUGACCUCAGCAUGUUGGAGUUCAGGAUGAACAUCAUGAAGCCCAUUGGUUGUGUGCAGUUCAAGCUGAGCCUGGAUGAAUUAGAAGAGCCGGGCAUCUUCCACGCCUGGUCAGGGCACAUUAUCACCAUCCAGUUCCUGUUGGGGGAGGAUCUUGCCAUUGCCUACUACCAGGGCACAAUGGACAACACCAUCUACAAAAUGAUGAUGCUCAUGGGUCGUACUCCCAUUGAAAACCCAAGAUCCCUGGAGUGCUUCAGAGAGUUUGUGGAGAAUCAAGGGCUGAACAGCUCAGAAAUCAUCAACCCUGCCCUCGACGAGCGGCUGGCCGUCACAGACAUGGCCAGCUUCCUCUUCCCACGGUGUUGUGCCCUUUAG